AAAGGAGGCAACGAGCAGCAUUUCUUCGGUAGUAGACAGCAAACAGGACUUGACAAAUGACAGCGCCAUGCCGUUCUUGACAGCAUGUCAGCAACUCAAGCCAGCUAAAUCAGCUCUAGAGGGUAAGAGACGACAGCAGCAGCACCUGAGAAACUAUGGACAAACCGCAAGAGUCCAAGACAAUUUAUACUAAUAAAUAUUUUUCUUCAUCACUUAAUUUUCAGAUCUUCAAAUCCAAAUUCGACCUUGGCUACUUUCAAUCAGCCUCCCCCAAAUCUCUUCUGCAUGAUUGCCAUGACUGGAAUGGCCUUUUUCUUUUAAACAAAUUCAUUAAUGUGUUGGGUACAGCUAAUUAUCCAUAUCCAUGACGUAUUAGCCUUAAAUGUAAAAAUCACAGCUUUGAUUAGAUCCUCUCAUCAAUUGGCGCGGGGGGGGGCGGCGGGGCGGUAAUGGUGUCACUUUCCAUUGAACAACACACACAGACGUAGCCUGUAGCCACAAAGAUAAUACUACUUCCUUAAUAUUUAAAAAUCCUUAAGAAUAUCUAAUAAGAAAACCUAAAAUGUGAUAUUUCCAAUGAGAAAAUAUAGCUUUCCAAAAGGAAAAAAAAAAAAACAGGGACUAGAAUACAUAAACCUGAGGGCUCUUAUGAACAGCCUAAGCUUAUUAAUUAAUAACAUUAAACAACAAAUUCCUUGACUUCCAAGGCUGCCUUUUGUGUCCUCCAUAAGACUCCUAGCUUCCUCUAAUUUGCUUUCAAGAGUACUCCGAUAUAUUUACUUUCUUCUUGCUUAAUCAACCGUGGUUUUUUUCCCCUUCAGUCUUCAUGAUUGUCUCCCACUGCAGAUACAUUAAUUGAAUUCUUCACGCAUAUAUUUUGUUUUCUCCCAUGAGGAAGUUGAUCUGGAGAUUCUUUUGUUGCAUAUCCACAGAAGAGCAACCGGAGAUCAGUUUUCACAAGAGUAGGGAUUAUCCAUGGGAAAUAUACUCUCUUAAGGAGCUACUUCAUGCAACAAAUAACUUUCAUCAAGAUAACAAGAUUGGCGAAGGCGGGUUCGGAACUGUUUAUUGGGGUCGAACAAGUAAAGGCGUCGAGAUUGCUGUGAAACGACUAAAGGCAAUGAGUGCAAAGGCAGAGAUGGAGUUUGCUGUGGAAGUUGAAAUUCUUGGAAGGGUGAGGCAUAAGAAUCUCUUGGGUUUGAGGGGAUUUUAUGCUCGUGGGAAGGAGAGGCUGAUUGUCUAUGAUUACAUGCCUAAUCAUAGCUUGAUUGCCCAUUUGCAUGGCCAACUCGCUGAUGAUUGUCUGCUAGACUGGCCCCGGAGAAUGAGCGUAGCCAUUGGAUCAGCAGAAGGUUUAGCGUACUUGCACCAUGAGGCCAAUCCUCAUAUUAUUCAUCGAGACAUAAAGGCAAGCAAUGUCCUAUUAGACACUGAAUUUGAAGCAAAAGUUGCAGAUUUCGGUUUUGCAAAGCUGAUACCAGAUGGUGUUUCUCAUAUGACAACUAGAGUGAAAGGAACCCUAGGAUAUUUGGCCCCUGAAUAUGCCAUGUGGGGGAAGGUUUCCGAGAGCUGCGAUGUCUACAGUUUUGGGAUUUUACUCCUAGAAAUUAUCAGUGCGAAAAAGCCAUUAGAAAAACUCCCCGGUGGAGUCAAGCGUGAUAUUGUGCAAUGGGUCACGCCAUGUGUCCAAAAAGGUGCUCUAAAUCAUAUUGCUGACCCGAGGUUGAAGGGCAAGUUCGAUCGAGAGCAACUCAAGUUGGCAGUCAUGAUUGCGCUGAGAUGCACAGACCACAACCCUGACAACCGGCCAAGCAUGAUCGACGUGGUCGAGUGGCUCACAGGUGGUGUUGGGAGGAGGAAGAAAGAGACUUUGGAAAGGAACCAAUAUCUGAUGCGAGAACCACAUGGGCCAAACCCACUUUUCUUUUGUGAAAUUGGGAGGAGGAAGAAAGAGGUAUCUAACUAUAAUGAUCAUGUAAAAGACAUUGUUAAUGAAGAAGAAGAUGAAGAAAAUAACAGUAAUAUUACUUAUAUGGAUCAUCAUGCAGACUUUGGAAAGGAACCAAUAUCUGAUGCGAGAACCACAUGGGCCAAACCCACUUUUCUUUUGUGAAAUUGAAAUGUAUCUUCUUGGCUUUUAGUAAUUUGACUAAGCAAUCAUGUGAAAGGCACUGGUAUAACUUGGUCUAGCUUCCUAGGUACUUUGUUAAUGGAGAUCGAGACGUACGCUACAGGCCAGGCCAAUCAGCAUUUCCUUAUUUCUUUCUUCUUAUUUUUUUUGUUUUCCCAUUUGAUGAUUUCUUAUAAGGCAUCGUCACCACAUGAUUUAAGAAGAUGCAAGUAUUAUUCUAUAUGUUGCUUAUGAACAUUUGAGCAUUUAAAUAUUGUAUGUUGCACUUUCAA